AUGUCAAAUUUGGAAAAGCUCAAUUUGCAUUUUCUCAAUCAUAAUGGACCAUUUAUUGAUGGUGAGAAUUUGGAAAAGAAUACUAUCAAUUAUAUGACAAGAUUAAAGAAAUUUACAUUUAAUAUUCGUUUAAUUAUUCCUGUUUUUAAGUUAGUUAAUUUACGAUCAAUUGAAGAAUUUCAAAAUACAUUUAGAAAUUUUAAAAAUAAUCAAAUUAUUUCAUGUGUUGAUUAUUUUCGACAAGCAGGUCUAUUUCAUUCUCAUAUGUAUUCAUAUCCAUAUUCAUUAAGAUGUUAUGAAGAUAUAGCAAAUAAUUUUCCUGGUGGUGUAUUUAAAUGUGUUCGUGAAAUAUCAUUAUUUGAUGAACGUCCUUUUGAACAUGAAUUUUUUCUUCGAAUUGCUCGAUCAUUUCCAUUUAUAGAAAAAUUAACUUUACAUAAUCGUGAACCACAGAAGAGGGAUAAUCAACAAUGGUCAAUCUUAGAAUAUCCUCAUCUUACUCGAUUUGAUCUUGUUCGAACUCAUGACAAUUAUGUCGAACUAUUUUUAAUUAAUACUAAAAUGUCUUUAUUAAAUAAUGUUUUGCUUCAUGUGAAUUAUGGUACUUUGCAAAGAGUAACGGACAAUUUCACAAGAGAUGUAACACGGUUUAAUUGUUCCAAAAUUCAUGAACUACUUUUACACAAUAAACCACAAUUUUCUCUCCAUUUAAAAGACUAUUUUCCUCAUGCAGAAAUAUUGUGA